AUGAUUGUCAAUAUCCUGGUAGAGAUCCACAAAACCAUAUUCAAAAUCCAGUCUUUGAAAACCGAGGAUCAAAAGCGAGUUGCCCUUCAAUUUCCUGAGGGCUUGUUGCUCUUUUCCACAACGAUUGCUGAGUUGCUUGAAAAGUUCACCGGAUGUAUUUGCAUUAUCAUGGGCAAUGUGACGUACGGAGCCUGUUGUAUUGACGAUAUUUCGCCGCGGUUGUUGGGCUGCUCUUUGCUUGUUCACUACGGUCACUCCUGUCUGGUGCCAAUAAACAAAACGACGAUCCAAACGCUCUACAUCUUCGUCGACAUCGAAAUCGACAGGGCGCACUUUAUCAGCUCGAUUCGAGCAAACUUCAAGGCCGGUACAAAGAUCGCGCUAAUCAGUACGAUUCAGUUCGUUGCGACGUUACAGACCAGUGCGCAGGAACUAGCUGAAUAUGAAAUCGUUCUACAGCACAAUCAGCCCCUCAGUCCCGGUGAGGUACUUGGCUGUACCGCGCCGUCCGUGGGUGAUUGCGAAGCUCUGAUCUAUCUUGGCGACGGUCGAUUUCACCUGGAAGCUGGCAUGAUCGCCAACCCAACUGUUCAAGCGUACAGAUACGACCCAUACGAUCAAAAAUUCACCCGGGAGAAUUAUGACCACGAGCUAAUGAAAAACAAUCGGCGCGGGCAAAUUGAGCUAGCGAAAAAUGCCAAGAGUUUUGGAAUAAUUCUUUCGACGCUGGGACGACAAGGAAAUCCGAAAAUCCUAGAAAAUGUCAUUCGGCUUAUUGAAAAGCAGGGGAAGGAGCACUUUACGAUCCUGAUGGCGGAAAUAUUCCCGGACAAACUGGCGUUGUUUGAGGACAUCGACUGUUGGAUUCAAAUUGCUUGUCCAAGAUUGUCGAUUGAUUGGGGACUUGGAUUUGAGAAGCCGUUACUGACGCCGUUCGAAGCUGCAGUAGCGCUUCAGGAAGCUCAGUGGCAGCAAGAUGUGUACCCGAUGGAUUAUUAUAGUUAUAAAUCGCUGGGAAACUGGACGAACAAUCAUAAAGACAACAAUUUGAACCACCCUGAUCAUCGAGAAGAAAAAAGGCGGCAGAGAAGGGAGCAUCGCAAGAUCAAGUCUUGA